UAUGUUUUACUCCUGUGGCUUCUACCAUCACGUUGUUUAAUGAUGGAGUACGAGGAGGACUAUGAGGAUGUAACCGUGAAUCAAAUGCUGGCUCCCAGAUCACAACAAUCAGACGCCACGGAAAUACUUAAUCAUUUACUGAAGGAAUACGACAAGAAAUUGCGGCCAGACAUUGGAGUGAAGCCCACUGUCAUCGAUGUGGACAUUUAUGUGAACAGCAUUGGACCAGUCUCCUCUAUAAACAUGGAGUACCAGAUCGAUAUAAUCUUUGCUCAGACGUGGACAGACAGCAGACUGAGUUACAACAGCACCAUGAAGAUUCUGACCCUCAACAGUAACAUGGUGGGGCUCAUCUGGCUCCCUGACACCAUCUUCAGGAACUCCAAGAGUGCAGACUCACACUGGAUCACCAUGCCCAACCAGCUGCUGCGCAUCUGGAAUGACGGCAAGAUCCUCUACACGCUCCGACUCACCAUAAACGCAGAAUGCCAGCUUCAGCUUCAUAACUUCCCCAUGGACGAGCACUCCUGUCCUCUCAUCUUCUCCAGCUAUGGCUACCCACAAGACGAGAUGGUGUACAAGUGGAGGAAGAACUCAGUGCAAGCAGCUGAUCAGAAGUCCUGGCGUUUGUACCAGUUUGAUUUUAUGGGACUCAGAAAUACCACUGACAUCAUCAGCACAACAGCAGGCGACUACGUGGUGAUGACAGUGUACUUCGACUUGAGCAGAAGGAUGGGUUACUUCACCAUUCAGACGUACAUCCCAUGUAUCCUCACAGUAGUGCUGUCCUGGGUCUCCUUCUGGAUAAAGAAGGACGCUACUCCAGCACGAACUGCUUUAGGUAUCACCACAGUGCUGACCAUGACCACUCUGAGCACAGUGGCUCGGACCUCUUUGCCGCGUGUCUCUUAUGUCACGGCUAUGGACCUGUUUGUGACCGUCUGCUUCCUCUUUGUGUUUGCUGCAAUGAUGGAGUACGCCACGCUCAACUUCUACUCUUACAGCAUCCGCAGGCCCAGCUGUAUGCACAAUAAGAGGGUCACGAACUACUCGAUCCUGGAUGUACGGCCACCUCCUUCGGUCAUUGCUCUCAACAACUCCCUCUACUGGCAGGAUUUUGAUGACACGUGCGUGUACGACUGCCUGGAUGGAAAGGACUGUAAGAGCUUCUUCUGCUGCUUUGAGGAAUGCAAAAACGGAGGCUGGAGACGGGGGCGUGUGCACAUAGAUCUACUGGAACUAGACGCUUACUCACGCGUCUUUUUCCCAACCUCAUUCCUAUUAUUCAACAUAGUCUAUUGGGUCGGAUACCUCUACCUUUAG